CCUUGAUUAGCUUCGGAUAUGUAAGCUAGCGCUCUACUCUACUCCUGUACAUGUAGCGGAAUGUUAAUGAAAAUUGCAAUCUACCGUAUAUGUUGCUGGCUGUUCCAUGUUGAGGUGUCGACGCUAUAACGUUAGAGCUGACGAAAUGAAAAAAAUAUAUUUGCUCGACAAUGAAACUAGAAACUAUAUGUUUCUGAUUUCUCAGCUUAAGAUUAAGAAAGACAGAAGGUGGAAUUCAGCAAACCAUGAUAAACUGCCAUUGAAGAAUAUUGUCCACAGUUUAGUAGGAACGGUGAUACGUGCAACUUCACUCCAGAUACCUCUUAUUGGACACUUGUCUAUCAUGUGAACAUCAAUACAAUACUGUUGGUUGUAAUGAGACACUAUUUGCAGGCCACUUCUUCAUUUUGUUUAUAAACUGGAGAUGGACAUAGGGAUGGCUCGUGAAGGUCACCAGGUCGACGGGGUGAAGAUUCUCCAGGCUGCCAAUGAUUUGCUUCUCUUUCGACGUCAUGAGGAGGUGCUGCGGGUGUGUAGGUUAGGUGUGGAUAGGAAUCAGGAGGUUGUUUUUCCUCGUAUUGGAGAGCAAGUGUCUAGAAGUAGAGAUGGGACUGACAUCCAGAAUGGACUAUCAGAUGAAAAUGAACAGAAUCUGAAGAAAAUGCACAAAGAUGCCAUGAGGGAAUAUCUAGAAUCGAUGUGCAUACUUGCCAUGCAGGCAUACGCUGAGCUGGAUAAAUGGGACCAAGCAUUACCAUUUCUCUUGUCUUGUUAUGGAGAUAUCUCAAAGCUUCCUCCAAGGAUUGUAUUAAUGUGCAUAUUACUAUUCAGCAAAGUUCGGAACUUUGGUGAAGCGGAGUCGUUCUCGUCUCAGUGGCUCAAGACCCAGAAUGGCUGGUCCAUCAACCAGUAUUGCUCAGUCCUUGAAACAUACAUCAAGAGGGUUUAUAUCUCCCAGGGGCAGUGGAAAGCUGCCAGGGAGUACAUAGAAACUAACACUGUAUUGAGUCCAGAUAGGAAGAUGAGGUACUUGAAAUACUUGGCAGAACUGCAGCAGCAAAAGGAGAGUAGUUCCACCAAUGGUUGUAAAAAUGACAAGCAUUCACAACCUGGUAACAUUUUGCUGAGCCUGUUUCAGAAGCUGCGCUCAUUCUUUGUGUCCCGCUUGAGCCCAUCAUCAUCCCAUGGAUUACACCGGAUUCAGAACCUUGCCCUUAUCAGUGUCUUCCUCUACCUAUUAUUAUUUAGGACAAAUACAAGUAUUCCUACUGGUGCUUCCCAGGCCAAUGCUGUGUGGGGUAGUUUAGUGGGUGUGUGGCGAUCACUGUUUGCUCCUUUCCAUGUCAUGGUCCAGGAAGCCCAAUAGAGGGAGCAUUACGAGAACUGUAGCCUUGUACUUGGAACUAUUGUGGUUGUCCCCACUUGUGGUACCUGCUGUAAACGGUUUUGACCCACCCAUGGUCCAGCCCACCUGUCCUGUCUUUAGAUCUCUGGAAAUGAUUGGAACUGGUCAAUAUUCAGUCCAGUAUUCUGAGAUUGGAUUGAUGUGUGACCCCAAGCUAUGUACAAAUAUUUGUUAUGGGAUGUACUACUACAGGUACUAAUUAUGUGUUCUUGAAAGCAAGGCAAGUGAAAUAGUGGAGCCUCAUGAAUCCAUCUUGUCAAAUAUAAUGAGACUAUUGUGUGUGAUACACCCUUGCUGAACACAUCAACAUUAUACACUGUAUCACUGUGCAUUUCAAACUACAGUUGAGGAUAUACCUAAAAUAAGUAAGGAUGCUAACUACAUGAAACUUAUAUUUUGUGGAUAAUUGAAAAACUAGCAAUGCUCUCACCAUACUUAUAAAGAGUAAGAGAAAACUCAACAAAAGCAAGAACUGCAAUGUGACCAAGGACGGCCAGAAACUUCUCACUUUCAAUAUUUAUGGAGUUUGGUGAUACAGUGUGGUGUCAAGAUUUCAAGUCACUCAUGCAAUGCAGCCUUUAUCAAUGCCGACUUGUAUCUUUACAGGAUAUAGUUGAAAUGGAUACAGCACAAAAAUUUGCUUCAUAGUCUGUCAAAUUGUCAUUUACUAAAUGAUUAAUCCUGUCUAUUCAGAAAUUUAAUUCUGUUUUAAUUGCUAGUCAGUUGGGGGGAUGCACUUUCCUCCCCUAUUUUGAGAUGAAUAUAAUGUACAUGCUUAAUGUAUAUAGAGGGGUAAUGGUACUCCCCUUCCUCCAGGGUAAUAUAGUCCUCUCUAUCCUACUGCUUCCAUUAUUUAGCCAAAGACAAAACAUGCUGACCCAAAUUCGGCAAAGGGUCCAAAUCAUUGGUAGUUAUACCUUUGUGAACAUGCUACAGUGAAUUAUUUGCCUUUGGUAUUGGAUAUAAUUGUUUAUCAUGAUAUACUUUGCUGUCUCUUAAGGGGCCAGGUUUAAACCACCGCAUGUUAUGAAUUCUGUGAUGGAUUUCACCCCUAAGGAUUGGACAGAACAGAAUUAGGCAUUCACAAAGCUUAAGUUAAUUGUAGGCUACAUGAAAAACAGCUUCUAAAACUAUGAAAUGACAUCGCAAUUCAUUUAUUCUGAUUGCUCCUUCCUUUCUUUUAUUUGUACUCGACGUAACCAAGAAUAAAAACUUAUGUAAGUUUGUUUGUCUGUCAUCUUUGCUGUAUGUAAAUGUAGACAUGUAUAUCUGGGAAAUGUAUGAAAGUACUUUUCAAAGUCAGUUGGCAGCAGUAGCUCAGAGGAUAUGUAAGGUAUUUGAUACACGUAUUUUCUUCUUCUUGUAGGUAUUUAAGAAAAUAAAAUGCUCAAAGUGUACAGAAUGUAAAUAGUAUAGAGAAUACAUUUACAAUCAUAAUGGCUAGUUUUGUACGUGUGCAGUUAUCAUGUAAUUAUUAUACAAACAAAUCUCUUUUAUAGCAAGAAAACAUUGUCUUUCCUUUAGAGCCAUACAUGUAAGAACUGUUGGUUUUAUCAUCCUUGUAGCCCCUGUGGCCAUCGUCCUGCAACUUAUCCCCUUUUAGUUUGGCGCAUGAUUAAAUAUGCCCUCUAUUGACAAAACAGGAAAAAAUUGAAUAGUAUGGAACUUGCAAAAGGCUUAUUAUUCACUUACACAUGAUAAUUAGUCUGUUUGAGCGUGACUAUCUACAUGUAUUGUGAAGAAGUUUUACAUUUUGCAUUCAUUAUGAAUCAUGAUAUGUUGUACAAUGAAGUGGGAAAUUAUGAAACUUAUAAAGUUAUUAUUAUAAUAAUACUUGACAAUGAGGAGGACAUGCAUUUUUAUUUCAUUAGAAAAGAAAAACAUGAGUUACAAUUACUUGAAACAUAAAUUUUGAGCGUACAAAAAAAAAUCUUACUUUCAGAUUUUGAUUAUUCAUAUUCCUACAUUGGUAAACAAAGGAAUGCAGGGUAUGUCUGUUUCAUGAAAUGAUAAAUUAUGUAGGUUAUCCUCCAUUGGCAUUGAAUACAAGUACUAUUACAAUUGAUUUAACAACACAUACUCAGUUAUAAUUUGUGACCAUACUGUUCAGGUUUAACUUAAAAUGUCACAAUGAAAUCAUUAUUGCAUCAAAUUCUAAAUCAGUGUGAUCGUUUUCUGGUACUAAUCCAAAUCACAAAAUUUAAUGAUUUAUUUGUUGAUAUGUUUUGUUUUGCUUGCAUGCACAGUUAUCAAUAUCCAAAACAGUACAUUUUAGAGUCCACU